UGCCGGCCACGGCCGCCGAGCCGGCGUCCCCGUAGAGGCCCGGAUGCUGGAAAUACGGACAGUUUAGAGAUCCACCCUCCACAGGAGUUUUGUUUUUUUUUUUUGUCAGCCAUGCAAGUAGUUUUCUUAAGCUGCCCUUCGGAAUUAUUUGCUUUGAAGUUAAAGGCAACUGUUUUGUUUUCAUGUUUUUAUUUCUAAAUAAUUAGCUAACAGAUUUCAGGUUGCAAAUUGAAAGCCAUUCUCCAUCCACAAAUGCAGCUGUGGAAACAUCCUUAUGCAUUCAUAUGUGUACAUAGGUGUGAGAUGAGUGACUCGGAAGACGAGGGCCGCCCCCAGCUCUCCUCGCGCGCGCUCGCAGCUCUGCAGGAAUUUUACGCUGAGCAGCAGCAGCACCACUCUGACCUCCGUGGUGAUGACAAGUAUAACAUCGGGAUAAUAGAAGAGAACUGGCAGCUGAGCCAGUUCUGGUACAGCCCGGAGACGGCCCUGCGCCUUGCUGAGGACGCCGUAGCAGCUGCCGGGGAGGGCGGCAGCUCUUCUACAUCUCUAAGGCUGUUUAUGUUGGCACUUGUUCAUUUGUCACUCACAGACAUCUUACCUGAAGAGACUAAGGAUUUAGCUCCUUCAUCCUCCACUGCACAGUGCUUCCUGUCUACGCUCCCAGUAGCUCUGCCCAUCUUUUUUAUGGUUGGACUUGUUGCGUGUGUGAGCGCCCCCAGCGUCUACCAGAAGCUGAGAGAGCGGCACAGAGACAAUGUCUCCGUCUGCAUCUUUGAGUACGACCGCAGGUUUGCCGUAUACGGAGAGGACUUUGUCUACUAUGACUACAAGAGCCCUGUGGACUUACCUGAGAGGAUCGCCACACACAGCUUUGACAUUGUCGUAGCAGAUCCCCCCUAUCUCUCGGAGGAAUGUCUUAGGAAAAUGUCGGAAACCAUCAAGCUCCUGACCCGGGAAAAGAUCAUGCUGUGCACAGGUGCUGUCAUGGAGGAAGCGGCAGAAAAACUGCUUGGAGUGAAGAUGUGCAAGUUUAUUCCAGAACACACUCGCGCCCUGGGAAACGAGUUUCGCUGUUUUGUGAAUUACGACUCCGGGCUGGACCGUGAUCUUUCAGUGCAGCUCUCAGGGCAGGAAGGACCCAAGUGACAUUUCCCCUCUGAAAAACUACCACCUCCCCAGUCCUCAUUUUCGAGAUGAAGACAUCAUGAUUUCCUUAGGAUGUCCCUGGAGCUCAGGGUGCUUUUGCUGACUUGAGUCUGUGGAAUUAUAUCUGGAAGAACUUUUAGACUCCAUCUAGUCUGCUCUUCUCACUUAACACAGGUAAAGAGCAGUACGUAGUGACCAGCCAAGACCUCAGCCCCUGGCUCUAACAGCCAAGGGAUUUGUAGUUGAGGACACAGUUUGUGUUCAGAAGAGGGAGGGCACGUGCUCAGUAAAUACUUGUUAAAUGAAUUCCAUUCAGAGAAAAAGUGCAAAUAAAGGUUACCUUUCUGGA